GUCGCCACUGCCGCCGCCAUGAACAGCGUAGGGGAGGGCUGCACCGACAUGAAGCGCGAGUAUGACCAGUGCUUCAAUCGCUGGUUCGCCGAGAAGUUCCUCAAGGGGGACAGCUCCGGCGACCCGUGCACCGACCUCUUCAAGCGCUACCAGCAGUGUGUUCAGAAAGCAAUAAAGGAGAAGGAGAUUCCUAUUGAAGGACUGGAGUUCAUGGGUCGUGGCAAAGAAAAGCCUGAAAGCUCUUCUUGACCUUGAAAGUCACCUUGAAAAUGGACUCCUCAAAGAAGGAAAUUGAGCACUCUGGAUUUUGUGAAGGCUGUGAAGAUGGCCAUCGAUUUAAUGAGUUUAGGAAGGAGUUAUUUUAUUUCCUCCUCGAUUUUUUUUUCCUCUCACUUGUAAAAGAUGAUGAACCCUCACUCUGCUUUGGGAUGAUUUCUCAUUUGCUCUGGCAUCUUGCAGGAACUCAAUGUGCUAAAACUGAAUUUCUUGGGAUUAUGGUUGCAAUACUUCAUCUGGGAUCAGCUUUAAAUAUUCCUAUUAUAUAAAUAAUGAUAAACAUGUCAGGAUGAUCAGGAUUGCCUGACCUCGAGUUAUGCUGCCAAGAACAUUAGGUACACUGUACUGGGGUCACUGCUCAUGACAGCAAUUGGUUAUGGAACCUCUGUUUUCUCUCAGGGAGCUAAUGCUCUGAAAAGGGAUCCCAGCACAACAGUUUUUUUCAACGCUUGGGAGCAGUUUUAUUUUUAUAUUGUAACUUAACUGUUAAGCUUGCUGGUGGUCUCAGUAAGCCAAAAGGAGGCUUUUAACAGACAGUUCCUUGCCUUAACAAGAGGUGUCAGAUUUCGGAUUAAGAUGUGAAAACUUCAACAAUGUUAGACUGAACACCAUUAUAGAGCUCAUAGUAUAGUUCAAUAAUUAAGUUUCUUGGAGUAUAUACUAUGGAGGAAGAUCCUAAAUUGCAAAGAUUUGCUGUUGCUAGCUUUCAACCCAAGUCAGUGAAUUAAAUGAACCUUUAUAUCAUCAAAAUGCUGUAUCUGGUAAAAUGGGAGAAAAGAGUUUGAUAUUUGCCUUGUUUACUCACCCUGCCCUGUAAUGUCUGUAAUCAUGAAGAUGGAAUAAACUGUAACAUUUAGUUUCUAUCACUA